AAAAUAAAAACAGGUUAAUCCCGAUGCCGUACCCUUCAUGUGUUCAUGAAUAAGAGGAGAGAGUGAGAGAUCGUUGAUCGAGUUAAUUGAUUGAAUCAAAACAAUAGAACCGAAUAGAAUUAAUGUAGGGAGUGUAGAUUCAGCAAUGAAAGGCGUCUCCUUGGCGCCUGGAGAUUACAUCCACUUCAAGUCCCAAGUCCCCCUUCACAAGAUACCUAUUGGCACAAAGCAAUGGCGAUAUUAUGAUUUUGGUCCCAAAGUAGUUCCUCCUCUCAUAUGUCUUCCUGGAAUUGCAGGGACAGCAGAUAUCUACUAUAAACAGAUCAUGUCCUUGUCCAUGAAGGGCUACCGGGUGAUUUCUGUUGAUAUUCCCCAGGUUUGGAAUCAUCAAGAGUGGAUUCAAAGUUUUGAGAAGUUCUUGGAUGUCAUCAAUGUUCAUCAUAUACAUUUAUAUGGUACAUCUCUAGGAGGAUUCCUAGCUCAACUUUUUGCUCAACAUCGUCCAAGACGGGUUAAAUCCUUAAUUCUAUCAAAUGCAUUUUUGGAGACACGCAGUUUUGCAGCAGCAAUGCCUUGGGCACCUAUUGUUGGUUGGAGCCCAUCUUUUUUGUUGAAACGAUUUGUCUUAACAGGAAUUCGUGAUGGUCCUCAUGAACCUUUUAUUGCUGAUUCUGUGGACUUUGUUGUUUCUCAGGUUGAAACGCUGUCAAGAGAUGACUUGGCAUCCAGAUUGACUUUGACAGUAGAUACUGCAACAGUUGAACCUCUUCUACUUUCGGAUUCAUUUAUUACUAUAAUGGAUACAAACGACUACUCUGCAAUUCCUCAACAACUCAAAGAUCAGCUGAGUGAGAGGUAUCCAGGUGCAAGGCGAGCUUAUCUGAAAACAGGAGGUGAUUUCCCAUUUCUUUCCCGUCCAGAUGAAGUCAACCUACAUCUUCAGCUACACCUGAGACAAGUUGGAGUUGAAGCUCGGCCAGAUUUGGUUCAGAGCAUCCCAAAAGGUGGCACCGGUGGGAGCCCUAGCAAAGAAAGUGACAAAAAGAAGGAUCCAGAUGACCAACCUAAAGAUAAUGGAGGCAACCCUGAAAGUACAUCUGAAGAAAGCCAGUUACCUCCUAGUUCAGAAAUUCACAGCCUUGAUGAUCAGCUCCUUAGCGAUGCAAAAAUAUGUUCCAUGGGUCAUAAAGAUGCAAUUAUUUUGAUGCAGUCUCAAUACACUGUAGUCAAUAGAAUCCUUCAAUCAGCUUGUGAGUUAUUUAUUUUCUCUUUGCUUCCCAUUUAUGUUGAGUCAUCGUACGUUACUUCAAAUAAUGUUUGGAAAUUCAGACAACUGAUGUAAGUAGCAUAGAACAUAGUAGCACUUUCUUCUCCAUUGUUGUUCAUACAAGCAAACUGUUGCAGAGCCGCUCGAGUUUUCCAUUGACAGUGUUGUACCUGUUUUGUUAUUAAAGUUAUUGCUAUUUAAUUCAGAUAAUUUUUUUCAUAAA